AUGUUAACGCGAGACGAAGAAGACGAAUAUUGCGAUGAGGCCACAUCAAAAUAUCUAUCAAAACUAUCAGGAAUGUGCUCAAAACUGCCGCAUUCGAUUAGCGCGCAUUUAAAACUGCAAGCCUGGCAACUUUCAAAAACACAGGAGCGAUAUCAAGGAUGUAGGAGUUGUUUUAUGCCACCAAACCUUCCCCAUGAGUGAGUCAUUAUUUUUGAGCGAAAAAUACUAUAUUUUUCAUGGUUUUUCAGAGAAAAACUGAUUCCAUCUGAAAUUUGUCGACGUUGCGGGCAGAAGAACGCGAAAAAGAUUGGGAUUGUCUCGAAAAUCAAGAAAGUCGAAGAGAAAGUGGAAAUGAAGCCGGCAAAACCAGAACCCACGAAGAAAACGCCUGCAAAACCUGUGAAUUCGAAGAAAAACUCAUUUGAAAACCGCCAAAUGCUCCUCUCUGCUUCGACGCCAAAAACAUCGACACCAGCAGCACCUUUACUACUCCAAUCCAAGAAGAAAUCAAAAACCAAGCCGAAAAUUGUUCUGGAAACCAAUGACGAGCCAGACUUUCUCGCAAAACUUUUCGGAAUCGGGAAAUAA